GUGGAGCAGCGAAGUCGGGAGCCGACUCUGCGCUCACAGCUGCCAAGGCAGCUGAGCCCACGUCAGGGGACGAGUCUGGAUAAAUAGGGUCCCACAAUGGCUGUGUCCGAUUGCGCUCCGAGCUGCGGGGUCCGAGACUGGCGCUUCCGGCGCCGGUCGGUGCUCUGGAAGUUGAACGCUAGCGCUACUGGUGCUCUCUGCGCCCAGGGGCUGUCGGUGGCCAAACCCCAGAACUAUCCAUCAGUGGGGGCCUGCAGGAAAGCUCAUCCGCUGCUCCUAGGUAAAGAGAUAGGGAGAGCAGGGGGACUGGAAGAGAAGGGCCCUUCCUGCCAGCAGCAGCGCGGGAGGACAGUGCCAUGCUCCUCUCCAUCCUGGUGGCUUUGUGCCUGUGGCUGCGCCUGGCGCUGGGCGUGCGGGGCGCGCCCUGCGAGGCUGUGCGCAUCCCCAUGUGCCGGCACAUGCCCUGGAACAUCACCCGGAUGCCCAACCACCUGCACCACAGCACGCAGGAGAACGCCAUCCUGGCUAUCGAGCAGUACGAGGAGCUGGUAGAUGUGAACUGCAGCUCUGUGCUGCGCUUCUUCCUCUGCGCCAUGUAUGCACCCAUCUGUACCCUGGAGUUCCUGCACGACCCCAUUAAGCCCUGCAAGUCUGUGUGCCAGCGCGCACGCGACGACUGUGAGCCUCUCAUGAAGAUGUACAACCACAGCUGGCCAGAGAGCCUGGCCUGCGACGAGCUACCCGUCUAUGACCGUGGAGUGUGCAUCUCUCCCGAGGCCAUAGUCACAGACCUUCCAGAAGAUGUGAAGUGGAUAGACAUCACACCAGACAUGAUGAUGCAGGAGAGGCCCUUUGAUGCUGACUGUAAACGCCUGAGCCCUGAUCGGUGCAAGUGCAAAAAGGUGAAGCCGACUUUGGCAACAUACCUGAGCAAAAACUACAGCUACGUGAUUCAUGCCAAAAUAAAAGUCAUCCAGAGGAGUGGUUGCAACGAAGUAACAACCGUGGUGGAUGUGAAAGAGAUCUUCAAGUCUUCCUCACCCAUACCUCGAACCCAGGUCCCCCUCAUCACGAAUUCCUCCUGCCAGUGUCCACACAUCCUGCCCCAUCAAGAUGUCCUCAUUAUGUGCUAUGAGUGGCGCUCAAGAAUGAUGCUUCUUGAAAAUUGUUUAGUUGAAAAAUGGAGAGAUCAACUUAGUAGGAGGUCCAUACAGUGGGAAGAGAGGCUUCGUGAACAGCAGAGGACAGUUCAAGACAAGAAGCGAACAGCCAGCCGCACCAGUCGCAGUAACCCCCCCAAGCCGAAGGGAAAACCACCCGUUCCCAAAGCUGCCAGUCCUAAGAAGAACGUCAAAGCUAGAAGCGCCCCCAAAAAACCAAACCCGAAGAAAACUGCAAGUUAAGUACUUUCCCAGACGGAGCCACGCGUACAGGAUUAGGCGGUACUGCCCGGGACAGCCUAGAGACGGUCACAUGCCACUUGCCUUAAGAACUCACUCCAGUUCUACUCAUAGACACAUCUUGUAGCACUUUUUUAAAUGAUAGCUUCCGUUUUUCUCUUUAAGCCACACAGCCCUUUGGGUGGUUGGUCCUCUGGAAUGGAAGGAGCGAGAGGGAACUCUGGUGCACCGGUUUGCCCUCAGGGUGGCCUAUGUGCAUACUUUGUGAUCUUCAUGAGGUAGGAAAGGCGCUUCUGUUUUGAGAAUUUGACCUAAUAUGUACAUUUUAAAGUUCACAUAAUAUGUCAAACGCAACAGUAUUUUUGACAAAAGAAAAAUAUUUUAUUUCUUUUGACUUCUGUUAGGAAGUUAGUGAUUAAAUGUGAUUAAAAAUAUGGUUUUGAUGAAGGCAGGAAAAUGAUACUUAACAGAUCUUCAUGUGUUUGUUGUCUGCAAACAAACAGAUACUUUUCUGAUGAAUGGGAUUGUGAGAAAUUAGAGAUACAGGAAAUCGUCAGACUUUCAAUGCUGUCUUUAGCCAGAAACUUUGAAAACUAAGCUAACAAUGACAAAUAAAAAGGAGAGGCAGACUGGCAAGGCCUA